CCUGCACCCAUAUGUGAUUUUCUUCGUGUCACUAUAGUUUAGUCUGUCUCAUUUAUAAUCCACAAAUAUAGAAAGAUAUAUUUUCGUUUCCACUUGUCACCAAACCAAACUACCAAAAACGUACCCACGACGAUGUCGUUUGCUUCAUUUUUUCAAUUUCUUGGAUACAUCACUCUCCCCCUCUUCAAUCAAGCAACCCCAAAUCCCCACUGCACAAGUAAAGACUUUAAGAAAGUUAUUGAUUGCGUAUACCGCUGCUCUAUUUAAUUCUCUUUGAAACGCGUAAAAGAUAAGAAUAUCACAAUCUUGACUUUCAUUUGUUUAUAUUCUAAAUUCAUUUGUUGUAUGAGUCUUUCCGACUAGGUGGUUAACCCGUUGAAUCAAUUGUGUUAGUGUUUAUAAUUGUAUUUGUGGAUUAGGGGUGGGUUCCUUGUUAAAUUGAAUAGUUGAAGGUUGAAAGUGAUACAAGAUGCUAAAUCAGAUUGUAUCAAAUGUUGGUUCAUGGACUCGGAACAAGAUCGUUGAUCCUCUUUUCCAUAUUCUACAGAGGGGAGCAGAGCCGAAACUGCUGGCGUUCUCUGCAGCUCUCGGAAUCACCUUUGGGGUAUUUCCCAUUUGUGGUGUCACAGUAUUCUUAUGUGGGAUAGGUAUUGCAUUAUUGGGAUCCUAUUGUCAUGCUCCAACUUUGAUGUUGGCUAACUUCAUCGCUACUCCUAUUGAGUUGAGUCUGAUGAUUCCGUUUCUACGCCUAGGUGAGUCUAUCACUGGUGGAUCUCAUUUUCCUUUGACUGCUGAUGCUCUAAAGAAGGUCUUCAGUGGUGAGGCUUCAAAGGAAGUCGUGCUCAGCAUUUUUCGUGCGAUGUUGGGCUGGCUUGUUGCUGUACCAUUCAUCCUAGGAGGACUUUACAUAGUAUUUUUGCCAUGUUUUACGAUCUUGGUUCGUAAGUUCAGUACCCGUCCUCCAAGCCCGAGGAUGCUUCUCCAACCCCUUACAGAAGACUUGAUGGAGUCUGGCAGUUCUGUACAUGUAUGAAGUUCAAAAUUUUCCCCAAAGUUCACUUGCUCAGUAACUAGUUGGGGCUGGGGAAGGCCGACGACUACAUGAUGGGGAAGUCCUUUUAGAAUCUUUACCCCUUGAUUUCAAUC